AUGGAUUUGGACCAGCUCAUCAGUCUGACUGUUGCAGAGCCUCUCACAGCCAAUCAGCGCGCCCCCGAUGCUGAUAUUGGUAUGUUGGUGAGCCAGCUUGUGUCUCGAUUAGAGUCGUCACCUGCCUUGGAGACGCAACUUCACAGUUUAAACGAGCUAUCGUUGCUCGCUACAACCAACCCAGGGCCUCUUCUAGUCUGCUUGCCUUCAGUAUGCAGACUAUUAUCGUCUCCCGCUGUGUCUCCUACUAUCCUGUCGGCUUUGUUUUCGUUUUUGUGUGCGCUCUUCGCAUCCAGCGCUAGAGAUCAAGCAGAGGACACACAGCAUCGUACAACUGCCAAGGUUAGCUUUCUAAAAGAGUCUACGAAUGGGCUAUCCCUUGCAUUCGCAUAUAGUACGCAAACCCAAAACGCUGCUACGUCCCCAGCGCUGUCAGUCUUGGUAUGGUUACUAACCGACACUGACUCCAUGGAUCUUGUCGCGAAGAUCCUACAGCAUAAGAUACAGACACCCAGCUUCUCCACAGAAACGUGUCUGGCCGAACGCUUUGUGCAGCUUUUGCGGAUUGCGAACCCUGAUGCAUUUACAGUUGUCGAUCUAAUCUUGUCCAUACCAGGGGCCAUGGACGGUCAAUCUACCCUCGUAGCAUCAUGUAUUAAAGCAGGUAUAUUGGAACAAGCACUUAAGAAUAUAGAAGCAGACAAGGUCACAACCCCUAGGGCGAUAUCUUCAAUGCAUAUAUUAACUAAAAGUGUAAGUCUGGCAGCCAAUCUUUCAUCGUCGGAUGCUACAUUUUCCCUAUCUCAGGAGGUGAUCCAAAGAAACAUCAUCGGAAGUCUCGGAGACCUUGUCCACGCUUGUACAUAUUCGCUGAUCAAUGAUCUAGCUAAUAAAAAGCCAUUUGGAGAUGCAGUUGCUACGGUACUGUCAAGGUCCCUUAGUCUGGUCAAGACACUUAUUUCAUCGGAGACUAAACAAGCCAUUCUCGACUCUAAGAUUUUCUCAUAUUCGCUGAUGCUUGUGUGCAGCCCGGCAGAUGCCGAUUUUAUUCAUAAGGACAUACGCUUAGUGUCACUCGACGCAGCAAGUCUUAUUAUGCAGCUAGUCGGGACUGACCAAGCUUCACAUCAAAAGAUGGCGAAUACGGUUCUUCUGUCUCUCCAACCAGGCGUGCCAAUGCGGUCUAUCGAUGUGCUUACACGUCUGUCCCACAUCUUGACCGCUUUAGGAGAUAGGGUUGACCCAGAGUUCUAUGAUGCAGUUCUGCACCUGCUUUUGGGGACAUAUCAACACAAAGACCUGGUGUCUGGGUGCCUCAAUGCAGUGACUAAUCCGCUCUUCUCACUCUAUAAAACAUCGUGGACUGAUGGCUUUAAGCUUCUUGCACGUACCUUAGGAAUGAAGGCUCCCGAGGAUGUGUUAAGAAAGUCUAGCAACGAGCAAUUGUAUGCACGCUUUUUUGCAUAUGUACAAGAAGCCCAGAAAAGCUACCGAGCAGUGAUCGUUCAGGUGCUUGGGAAAGGUGACCCCGGACCGAAGUGUUCCGUAUCAAAGCAGUCGUGUCUCAACUUGAUGCAGUGCAUGGAAAACAGUGAGUCGUCCCCAACUGUGCUUGCGGCCUCGGCGGCCUGUCUUCUUAGCAUAAUCACGAAUGACAAUAGAAAUGGCCAAUGUCUUGCUCUCAGUGCACUGUCUUGUCCAAAGACUAUAUAUGAUAUCAUACCAACUUUCCUGGGAGCACUUUUUGGGUCGACCGCCCGCGUUCUACUGAAUCAGCAACCGGCGGUUAACCUUCUCACUCUUCUCAUAGCUUUAUUAGACAUUCUUAAAAACGAGCACUUCUUCGUAGUCAUUUCUUUGUUUUACAUUGGUAGCCCAGCAGAGUUGGUGAAGCACCUCAGCACCUUUAUAGCUGUAUCAUUAAAACCCGACACCUCUAUACUUGUAAGAGCCAUGACUGCAUCCAUUGUAGCAUCUAUGCCAGCGUCCUUCUAUGCAGCAGUUUCUCCUAUGCUUUCGGAGACUUUUACUAACGGUGACUCUCUGAAAACUGCGCUGGAAACUGUACUUGUUCAAGGAAAAGCAGCGCAGCUGCCUGAGUCUCCUAUCCUACUUCCGCACUUAGCACGCCUCAAGACCAACAUCGAUACUAUGAUAGAUACAUUAAGGGCACUCCCUCUUGUUCAGAAAGCCCCAACAACAACCCCGGCACUGCCGGUGGUCCACUCUCUGGAGGAGCCAGACCAAACGGUCCUGCCACAACCAUCCACAUCGCUACCACACCCGUCAGUUGUAUCUGUAACUACUUUCACUCAGACAGACUUAGAUGUAGACGCCCUUAUGGCAGAGCAAGCGUUACUGCGACAGGAGCUUGCCCGGCUCCAAGAAGAGAAUGCAAGGCUUACUCAGGAGUUAUCUAGACAGAUGCAGGCACCUACCUUCGGGGAUCAACAUACUCACGCUUCUACCAAUCCAACCUUAAUAUUUGAGUCUCAAGCUUUUGAAUCUCCUCCCAUCGAUAUUGUAGAGAAUAACACAGGUGAGAUAAAUAUACCAGCUAUAGCUAAACCCGAGCACUUGACAUCAGGAACCGAGGAAAGUGACCAUGCAGAAGAGAAGCUGGACAGCGAAAUCCCUAAUGUAGGCAUAUCUGACUACUUGCAGCCAUUGACAGAUGCCACGGCCACAAGUAAUCCGGAAAACUUUUUUGAUCAGAUAGAGUCGCAAGCCUCUUUGACAAUCAGCGCUCCGUUCGACCAAAACCCAGAGUUGCUUACCAGUAACAUUUCCUUAGCAAACGCAGACCUUGGGCUAUCCACACAGCUCUGCCCUGACUUGCAUGUCAAUCCGAGCCAAGACUUGUCGGAUCCUGUCUCGUUACCACUGCCAGAUGAUUCGCCGACAGUACAGGAGGCUCCGCCUGUCAACGAACAACCGCCUAUUCCCAUGGUUCCAAUGAACAUACCCGUUCCAACCAGUAAUACAGUGAGCAGUAGAAGGCCAGGUCGAGGGGGGAUCAGAGCACGAUAUGCAACAGGCCUAAGCGAGGACGCACGCAAAAACAUUGCUACGGCGGAGCAAACCAGUUAA